CCCGGCCGGACGCAACGUCCCCACCACAUACAAUAAUAACUGCCUACAAAACAUGCAUAGAAACAAAUCGCUCACGAAGAGCAAACAAAAGGAAAAAAUUGGCAAGACCACGACAGCCCAAGAGUAGUCUGAAUCGAGUUUCGCGCCGCCAGUCUCUGACCAUGAUACAUCUCGCCCCGAAGGUACGAACCAUACCACAGUCCGAAACCCGCUAAGCACGAACCGCGAAGUGGACUCAAGGAUGCGCCCCUCCAUCGUCAAACAAUCCACCUCGCCCCAUCCCCCCGUAGUCCCCGCUUCUUUCGCCCACCCUCCGCUAUCAAUCGAUCUUAUUGACUUCCAUGGACGGAGAGCAUCUUUCCACCCUCAACCAUUAAUUGUGCCUUAGCAGGUACGUACGUUGAGGUACAUCGAGUGGCCAACCAACGAUGCGGGCGCGAAUACGUAUGGACAUGACCGAGGAGACAGGGAAAGAAUGAAAAGCGACGAAAGAGAGGCGCACCCGUUUUUCCCCGCCACGCGUUUUCAACCAAACAGCCGUGGAACGAAGGAAACCGUCCCGCGCAGCUUUUCUCUCCGCUCGCCAGACUUCAACCCAACCAGGAAGAACUUUAGACGGCAUCUUAGGAAGCUACGCGGCUGUGGGGAUCGCUGGUACGCCGCUCAGCUCGUUAGAACUGGAUCCUGCUAGGAUCGAUUCCAGGGGGAAGACGAGUUAUCGUCUUUUUUUUAAUAAGCUCAGACCUUAGCCCGCUCACGAAGAUGGAUGUGC